AACCAGUUGAAGGUGGCCACGUGAUUUGUUCGUAAGUACAUAAAGGGAGGAAGAUCUCUUGCUAAAUAAGACCGGGGAGCAACAUUGCUUGCAUUGAACUAGUUAUCGUUUGAGCCAACAUGUAUAUGUUAAUAUUAUUGUCAUUGUUCUUCAAGGCAUGUUUGAGUGCCAACACCAUGUGCUGGACGGUUGACCAGAUGACUGAUCAGAUUAUGCUUGAAACAGACCAUAACGGGGACGGUAUAAUGCAGUUGGAUGAACUGAGGCAUCAACUCACAACAUCAUGGGGCAUGACAGAUAACGGAAUUUCAUACCAUGACUUCAUCGCGAUGUGGGUUGCAAGAUACCACGACACCCACUCCACAGCGCACGACUUUGUUGUGAAUAUGGACCUGAACAAGAAUGGUUUAAUCGAAAGCAGUGACAUUAACGGGCAUGUCGGCAACUAUGAUACAAAUCCACAUGAUGGACAAAUCCAAAAAGUCGAAUUCAACGCGUUCCUCCAUGCUGUCCACCCAGACCCUCACAACAAUGGGGGGCAUGGAUGCCAUUAGAGUUAUGUACAACGAGAUAUUUGUCAUAAAAUUCUCGUGCACUUGCCUUUUCAUAUUGUCAACACUGUACGUUUUUGCUGAAUAAAGAACGUUUGACAUAGUUUUUAA